AAGAAACUUAUACAAACUCUCAAAAAAACCUAAUCACAUACAGAAAGGCGACUCACUCAAUUAUGACGACGAAACUCAAGGUCGCGGGGACAUGGGGAGGCAUCUUAGAGGUGGAACUCGAGAGCUGGACUCUCACCAUGCUCAGAGACGAAGUAGCUAAACGAUCGGGCCUCGAUCCUGAAUCGAUCAAACUAAUCUGCGCCGGAAAAAUCCUCAAAGACGACAAUACUAAGACCCUUGCCCAAUUAGGUAUCAAGGAAAACUCGAAGAUCCUCUCCAGCCGAGGUGCAGCGCCAGAUGAAGGCAAGGCGAUCAUCGCUGAGGAAGAAAGGUCAAGACGUCUCUCCCGUCUCAAAGCUGCAGCUACAGCUUUAUCGAAGAGACACGCGGAUGGUUCGUUACCGAUGGAAGAUUAUAACAUAGAGCUGGAGGAUCAGGGAGGGCAGCAAGUCAAGUUUGGAACAGAGACUGAUCAGAGUGCUGCAAUGAUGGGUCUUAUGUUGCAUGCUAAGGCAAAGAGUUUAAUAGAGACGGACAUGUAUGUUGAUGCACUUGAAGUUCUUGCCAUGGCAGAGGAAUCUUUCUUGCUCUGUGAUCCCAAGAUUCUCGAGCUUGUUGACAACAUCCCUAUAAUGGAAAUCGACAUUGUGUGGUGCUAUUUCUUGCUCCAGGACGUCAAAUGCUUGGCAGAUGCUGGCUUUCGGCUAGAGAAAGCAAGGAAAGGGCUCGAGCGUGCUCAUGGCAAGGACCUCUCUCGUGUCAGACUCCUUCAGGCUGGUCUAUGUCCAGAAUUAGCACUAUAUGUGAGACUGGAGUUGCUAGAAGGUGUGGUGGCAUAUCACACUGGUCAAAAUGAUAAAGCUUUGAAUGCUCUCAAGUCCGCCCAUGCAAAACUGUUGCAGCUACAAAUACCCGAUGAAAUGCUGUCCGUAGUUAUGGGUAUGGGCUUCCAGGAGAAGGAUGCUAAGAGAGCUUUGCGACUGAACAAUAAGGAUAUUGCGACUUCUGUCAAUUUCCUCAUUGAAGAGAGGGCCAAAAGAGUUCAACAGUACAAGGACAAUCUCCAGAGACAAAAGGAGAUACUUGAGCAGAAGACAUAUGGAGUGACACCCAUGAAUAAAGCUGUUGAUAUGCAGAUGCUUGACAGGCUCGUCUUGAUUGGAUAUGCAAGGGAUCUUGCAGCUGAAUCCCUCCGGAGACAUGAGAACGAUUUUCAGAAAGCCCUUGAUGCACUUACAAGCCCAGAAGUUAAUUCGAGUAUUCAGGUUUAUAUUGAAUCGAGGAAAAGAAAACGUCAAGAACAACAAGUAGGCAUAACAGUUGACGAACUUGUUUCAAUGGGCUUUGAACGAGGACAAGCAAGGUCUGCUUUGGAGGUUGGUGGCAGACGAGAAGAUAUAAUCCAAAGGCUACUAUCUUUACCAGCAGCAAACGCGGGAACCGCCUCUGCCUCAGGUUCUGCUUUUACAGCAAAUGGCGGUGCAACAAGCAGCACCAACAAUGCAGUUGGUACCGAGACGGGGGACUCUGAGAUGGAAGAUGAUACAGCGGAUGAGAUUGAACCCAAUGGUGAGGAGGAAGAGCAGGACCCUGAGUUAGAAGGAGAUACAGCAGAUGGUGAGGAGGAAGGGCGGGACGUUGAGGUAGAAGGAAAUAUAGCAGAAGAGAUUGCAAAGGUUGACGCUUUGUCGGCUUAUGAUAUCAAUCUUGACAAGGAGGUCGAAGCUAUAAAUGAGUACCUGGUCAUGUUGGAUGCAUCUCAGGAUUCUGGUUGAUGUAGAAAAAAGAGUUUGUAGAUAAAAACGAAUAAUACUCGUGGGAGUUAGUUGCAGGGCCAAUAUGGGUUGGUAUGGUACUCACUUAAAUUAGUAUUAGUAUGAUUUGCUUGCAGAAACUGAUUUUAUGAGAUUAUUUUUAUAAGCUUA